AUGUUCAAAAACCACGAGUUGUACGCGCACACCCCCAUGUGGUCCGAGAUGUGCCGCUGCGAGUACACGAUCUGCUACAAGUGCCUCAACAGCCGCGAGACGGUGUCGAUGUGCAGGGGCGGGUCCUCCGGGAUGUGCAUCACCAAGCACUCGUACAAGUUCUGGUACACGCACAUGGACUGGUACGGCACGAUGCCCACAGGCUCCGUCAAGAUCCUGUUCUGCGGCAACUGCGUGGUCGAGAACGAGGCCAUGGGCAUCCGCGACUCGACGGACGUGUGCGGCGACGUGCCCCCGGUGAUGCGCUUCUACCGGAACUUGAUCGAUAUGGGGAUGACGAACCUGACCCUGGAGAGGGCGAAGUACGGGUUCCCGAUCCACUACGACACCGAGGACAGGCCUAUGAACGUCAUCACGUUCGUGCAGACGCACAUCACCCCGCCCGCGAGGACGGACUCGCUGACCGGCGUCGGUACGAAGAAGUUCGUGAACACGGACAUCAACGGCAUGAUGGACACCGCACGAUCAAAACAAGAACAGCCCGCUGACCACGCACCCGUCCACGAGGUGUGCCUGACGCUGAACACGGACGCCGCGACCAGCACGGACAGACUCCCGGACACGAUCAUGGACAUCACCGCGCACUCGACCAUGAACAGCAACGCCAACGAGGGGAUGAUAGCCGAGAGGGUGCUCCCCAUGCCCAACUGCGCCAUCGUGAUCCCCGACUGGGUGCCGUCCAUCCGCACGAACAUGCCCAGGACCCUGUCGGCCUAUGUGCCCCUGGUGACCAUCACGUCCACGAUCGCGGCCAUGUCGCCGCCCAUCCCCGUGGAGAUGACCACCGUCGACUCGAACAACGACAUCGUCUGCAUCACCUUGAAGUGGGACAUACUCGACGACGACGACGUGGCCAUGGGGAGCAUAUGGUACCGGCACAACGGCGUGUUCACGAGCUCGAUCACCAUGAGGGACAUAAUUGAGCACUCGGACAAGAACAUCAUCGUGUGCAUGGUCGUGGUCAAGAUCAGGCAGAUGUCCUCGGGCGAGCUCAUCUUCAUACUGCUGGACGCCAUCGAGAGCUCGUACUAG